AUGGAGGUGCACUUGGCCAUUCCUCCUCAAGAUCUAUUAAUGGUACUCGAUGCAUCUCAAGCCAAGCCCAAAAGGACUGGAGCUGUUAUCUGCUCCACUACUCAUGUUACUCCAGCUCUUGCGCCUGCCACUACAAAGUCUGUUCCUGCUGCCUCACCUCCUCCUAGAGUUACUCGAGCUGCCUCGAAGAAAAUAACAACUAUUCUAUUUUCUCCUUCAAUAAGGACUCCUUCAAUUUCAUCUGAAGUUGAAAGACCUCGAAAUAUGGAGUCAAUUCAAGCAAUACUCUCACUCUUUGGUUCUACAUUUUUCAUACCUUUCUUGAGCCUCGCUGCUCCUUCAUUUCCUAAGGAAAUUCCAAUUAUUACUUCAUCUCUAGUGAUAGCUGAUUCCCGUAAAGAAGACACUAGUAGCUCACCAGUUCCUUGUCCACUAUCCCUAUCUAGCUCCAGUCCUUGUUCUCUUGACUUACUGGUAGCUAAGACUAUAGAAACUGUUAGGGAUACUUCAUCUUCCUCUCCUAUCCCUAUGCAGCCAUCUCUUCCUCAUAUCAGAGCCCUUUCUGCACCAACCAUGUCAACAGAAGAAGUGGACAUUUUUGAAGCUAGACUAGCUAGCCUUUUUUACAUGCCUCCCACCACUCCAACAGCUAGCAAUGAAACUGAGUCAUUAGUCCUAGCUAGUUCUCUCUUGAAAAUUUUUGAGAGCUCUUCCUCCACUAGUAGGACUUCCUUGCCUUCAUUAGACUUGGACAGCUGUUUGGAGUUGCUGACAUUUUUCUCGAGGAUCCCAUUCGAAGCCUUGCAAAGGCCUAUUAUCAAGAAUGGCUUCCUCUAG